GAAAUUUCUUACAGAGUAGGAGAAGUAUCUGGUUAGUCCUAAUCUCCAAUUCCUUCCUUCAUUCAAACCCUAUAUAAGCAAUCGCUACGCCGCCUCAUCCUCCUUUAUAUAUUCUAACCCUAAUCUUCCUUUUCCAACUGCUCCACUUUGUUCAUUCAAAUAUUAUAUUUACGUUGUUCAAUCGGUGGCCAGUUUGUGAGUUUCAAGUUGUAGUUUCUCAAGUUGAAGAUUCUUUUAUGUCCGAACAAGCCACACUCUAUUUGGGAUCCGUUGGAUUGCUUGGAGAAUAUUGUCCUACGUCAAGAAAAAAGAGUCCCCAUAUUUCUGAUAGGGUUGACUGUAUGCAUCUUGACUUAUUUCAGGAAAGACACUUGGAGCUCAGUGGUUGCAGCCAGACGCGACCUUCUCUCAACAAAUUUUGGGCCAAAGGAUCCUCUAGAAACCCCUAACGCUUUAUUUAGGAAAUUUCACUGAAUCAAAAUGGCUUUGCAGAAUAUUGGAGCUGCCAACAGUGAUGAUGCCUUCUACAGGUACAAGAUGCCGAGGAUGAUUACCAAGAUAGAGGGACGUGGGAAUGGCAUCAAGACAAACGUGGUUAACAUGGUUGACAUUGCCAAAGCUCUAGCAAGGCCAGCAUCUUACACCACAAAACAUUUUGGUUGUGAGCUUGGAGCUCAGUCAAAGUUUGAUGAAAAAACUGGAACUUCCCUUGUCAAUGGAGCUCAUGAUACUGCCAAGCUUGCUGGUCUUCUGGAGAUUUUCAUUAAGAAGUAUGUUCAGUGCUAUGGGUGUGGAAAUCCUGAAACUGAGAUCCUCAUCACGAAAAAUCAGAUGAUCCAACUGAAGUGUGCUGCGUGUGGUUUUAUUUCUGAUGUAGAUAUGAGAGACAAGCUGACAACGUUUAUUCUUAAGAACCCACCUGAGUCUAAGAAGGGUGGCAAGGACAAGAAAGCAAUGAGAAGAGCUGAAAAGGAGCGUCUAAAGGAAGGUGAGGCUGCUGAUGAAGAGCUGAAGAAACUGAAGAAAGAAACAAAGAAAAAGGUUUCUUCCAAGGAAGCCAGUGCAAAACCUAUCUCUAAAAAGAAAGCCAGUGGCUCUGACGAGGAUGCUUCCCCACCCAAAAGGCAUGUGAAUGUCAAGGAAGAAGAGGAUGAAGAAGAUGAUGAUGUUCAGUGGCAAACUGAUACAUCAAUGGAAGCUGCACAGAAGCGUAUACAGGAACAGUUGAAUGCUGUGACAGCUGAAAUGGUUAUGCUCUCCGCAAAUGAGCCAGAGAAGAAGCCCAAGGCAGCUACUAAAGCGCCCCAAAGUUCCAAGGCUGUUUCUGCACCAUCUGAGGAUGAUCACAAAGCUGAGAAUGGAGAGAGAACCUUUGAGAUGCUUGUUGAGGAGGUGAAAGUACAUCUAAAGAAGGGAGUUACGGUCAGCCAAUUUCGAUCUUUCUUGGGUUCACUUUCUGGAUCUCCUCAGGACAUAGUUACUGCUGUCUACGAGGCACUCUUGGAUGGUGUGGAGAAAGGGUUCUCCAAGGAGCUUAUUAAGAAGAAAGGUUAUCUUCUUGCUGCUGUUGGUCAAGAGGAUGGGUCACAGCUACGUUUGCUCCGAGCGCUGGAAGAAUUCUGUGGGAAGUCUAACCCUUCAGCUGUGAAAGAAGUAGCACUCGUUCUGAAAGCUUUGUAUGAUGCUGAUGUGUUGGAGGAGGAAUUUAUAGUGCAAUGGUAUCAAGAGGGUCUUGCUGGGGUUAAAAAGGACUCUAAAAUUUGGAAGAAUGUUAAACCCUUUGUUGAGUGGCUGCAGAGUGCUGAGUCAGAGUCCGAGGAGGACUGAGAUCACAACUGUCGUUCCUUAUUAAAACUGUUCUUUGCAGACUUGCGUUUUGUCUCAUUUAGGCAUAUGCUGUUUUGCCAGAGUGACUAUUUACUAGUUCGGAAGUCAUGUUUUCUCCUUUAUUUAUGGUUUUGCUUGGGUCUGUACUUUUACAUAUCAUGGUCAGACUUCUGUUGUGUGAUCCGUCUUGUCUUCAUUUUUACGGUUAAAAAGGUGAAAACUUGUACUGUAUCAGAAUAUGCUAGUUCUACUUAUUCAUUCUGGUUGA